AUGAUAUGGUUUAAACCAGCAUUCUUCUGGGCGCUAUGGAUUCAAAGCGUGGUGGCAAAAAGACUUCUUCUGGCAAGUUCGCUUACUACUUGUAUGGAGAAUUCACAAAUCCUGCCAACUUUCUUCAAUGUCACCUUCAAUGCCAACGACAGACUGGUACAUUAUCUGAUCGAUUUAACCACAGAACUCAACACCUACGUGUAUGCCGUGGUUGAUGUAUAUGCCUAUGGCUUUUUGAUUAUGGAUCCGAUUACUGUUGACCUUUGUAAGAUCGGGUGGAAGCAGUUUUGUCCUAUUUUCCCUGGCUCCUUGCAAGUCGAUCUGGUGGUCUACUUGGACAAGAAGUGGACCGAUAAAGUCCCAGGCAUUGCAUACACUGUCCCUGAUAUUGACGUGAUUGUGAAAAUCGAAGUGUUCGACCUGAACACCAAUGAGAAAUUGUCAUGUAUUCAACUGAGUUUCACUAAUGGCAAAACCGUUGCACAAACUGGUGCAAAAUGGGCCACGGCAGUUGUGGCAGGGUUGGGACUUAUUGUUGCGGCUUUGAUGCUGACCUUCGGAAACUCAAAUGCCGCGUCGCAUGUUGCCGCUAAUGCUGUCGCCUUGUUCCUCUACUUCCAGCUGGUUGUCAUCGUUGCAAUGCAGCUGGUUGAGCGGGUGCCCCCAAUCGCUGCCGCGUGGCUGGAAAACCUCGCUUGGCUGAUGGGAUUCAUACGAAUUCAGUUCAUGCAAGAUAUCUUCCGCUGGUACGUCCAAGCCACUGGAGGAACUCCCACUACAUACAUGAUUCAUACAACUAAGCAAGUCUUAGUUGAGAGAGCCCAAACCCACUUGAGUAAUCUUGCGAUGUAUGGGAAAAGAAUGUUGGGACUAGAAACAAAUCUACACCAGCUGGAUUUAACGCCUGCAAUCGUUAAUCGUGAUCUUGAUUACGCCCUUAAAUCCAACCGAAACUUGGUUGUUCUUCGUGGUAUAGAGCGAAUGGGGUUUAAACUGGGUAUCGAGCCUACACUGAUUGCUGUAACUGGUUUCACUUGGUUCGUUUUGAUUGCUUACGUUCUCGUGGGGAUAUUGCUAGUGUGCAAACUUUUUUCAAUCAUUUUGAAGAAGAAAAAUAAGAAGCCAACCAAACAUUUUUAUGCUAUUCGAAUUCAGUUUGCACAGAUUUUGAAAGGCCUGAUAUUGAGAUAUAUUUACAUUGGUUUCUCGCAGUUGAUGAUUUUAUCCUUGUGGGAGUUCACUGUGCACGAUUCAGCUGCGGUUAUUGUGUUAGCAGUAAUUUUCCUUGUCGUGCCAUUGGCGGUUAUCCUUUACCUGUAUAUUCGAGUAUUCCAAUAUGCUCGCAGGUCAAUCCGAGAAUUCAAUAACCCAGCUGCGAUUCUCUAUGGUGAUUCGAGAGUUCUCGACAAAUUUGGCUUUUGCUACACUAUGUUCCAUGCUGACAAGUAUUGGUUCGGAAUGAUCGUAAUCGUUUACAACUUUGUGCGUGCCCUUUUUAUCGGCUUAUGUCAAAGCAGUGGAAAAGCAUCAUCAUUGGUGUUGUGGAUCAUGGACAUGAUUUUUAUGGCAAUCCUUUUCUGGCAAAAGCCGUACCUCAACAAACCCACGAAUAUCAUUAACUACUGCAUUGCAAUCGUGUGCACAAUCAACUCGUUUUUGUUUACGUUUUUUUCAGGUGUUUACGGCCAACCAGCUCGGGUGUCGCUGGUGAUGGCAUGGGUAUUUUUCAUUCUCAAUGCUGCGUUUUCUCUUAUAUUGUUAUUGAUGAUCUUGGUUUUCACCGUUUUGGCAGUCGUUUCGAAAAACCCUGAUGCUCGUUUCGCCCCUGCCAAAGAUGACAGAUUCUCAUUUCAACGACGUGGUAAAAAUACAGCUCAAGUCAUGGAAAAGCUGCUGGAUUUGCUGGACCUUAAUGAUACCGAGGACAAUACGGAGUUAUCUGCGUUAGGAAUGGCGGCACAAGAUCAUCAAGCUAACUGGGAACUGGAAAUGUAUCAUAUGCAAGAUCAAAAACAUCAGGAAAUCUAUACACCGACGAUACCACAAGACUCGAAAUUCUCAGAUGACAAUUUGCUCGACCUGAAACAGGAUUAUCAGCUGUCACUGGAAGAAAAUUUAUCUCUGAAAAUCAAAAGCCUUGGGCGAAAAUUCUCCAGAAAACAUCCGAGGCACAAAACCACCCGGAUGAGUGAUACUCUACUUGAUGAACUGAGAGACGGAUUGGCGCCAGAAAUGGGCGCCCCCAAGAACAAACACCACCUGCGCCAUGAUCUGAUGAUGCUGCUGAAUAUCUCAGUGAACAACACACCAACGCAAGGCCAGGGUUUCUUGUAG